UGUCUCAGAACAUUCCUCCGCAGAUGUUACGCCAGAAAAGAGCGGCACCAGAUGAGGCGACGUUUAACUGGACGUACGUGAUCAACAUCGAAGUGAACGGUUCCUCCGGCCUCAUAGCCGCACUGAACAACAUCAGCCUCCCGAUCCAACUCAACAACAUUACCCAGAUCAGCGAGAUUCAGGUCACCACAGCAUGCACGCCGGUGGGCGCGGGUGAGCAGUGCCGCUGCCAGGAAGGGUUCGCCUGGCCAAUCGAGAGCUGCCUGGCCCAAGGCGCCUGUGAUGUCAUCGCCGAGGGUGUCUGCAGCUGCAUCAACGGCCCCCCCGCCGACGGGCAGUCCUGUCAACCAAUCAAAUCACUGCAGGCGGAGGUGGUGUUGGAGGUGGUGGUGGAGCUCCACCUCAUAGACCUGGCCACCCUGGAGACUCUCCGCGCCCGGCUGGAGAACAGCAGCUUCCCUCUGGCCCUCAGUCCUGCUGUCGAGAUCACGGACAUCAACAUCACCACAGUUUGCUCUCCAUUCGGGGCUGGGUUUCAAUGCACAUGUGAGGAUCCAUAUCGCUGGCCAUGUGACAAGUGUCUUCUGCAUGGGUCAUGUGACAACAUCACUGAUGAGACGUGUGGAUGCAUCAAUGCCCUUCCCCCUGAUGAAGAAUACUGCCAGCUCUCCCAACUCAUCAAUGCAACUUGUCCUAUCACGACUUCUGCACCUCCGUACACCACUUCUACACCUCCAUCUACAACUUCUCCACCUCCAUCAACCACUUCUCCACCUCCAUCAACCACUUCUCCAAAUCCAUCCACCACUUCUCAAACUCCAUCAACAAGUCCUCCAGUGUUCUAUGAGUACCUGAUUACUAUCGAGUUGCAAACCACAAAUGUUACAGUGAUAGAGGAACUGAGGAGCAUCCUGGAUAACAUCAGCUACCCCUUCCCCAUCGACAGCACCAUACUGAUCUCUGAGGUCAACAUCACCACAGUUUGCUCUCCAUUCGGGGCUGGGUUCCAAUGCACAUGUGAGGAUCCGUAUCGCUGGCCAUGUGACAAGUGUCUUCUGCAUGGGUCAUGUGACAACAUCACUGAUGAGACGUGUGGAUGCAUCAAUGCCCUUCCCCCUGAUGAAGAAUACUGCCAGCUCUCCCAACUCAUCAAUACAACUUGUCCUAUCACGACUUCUGCACCUCCGUUCACCACUUCUACACCUCCAUCUACAACUUCUCCACCUCCAUCUACAACUUCUCCACCUCCAUCAACCACUUCUCCACCUCCAUCAACCACUUCUCCACCUCCAUCAACCACUUCUCCACCUCCAUCAACCACUUCUCCACCUCCAUCAACAAGUCCUCCAGUGGUCUAUGAGUACCUGACUACUAUCGAGUUGCAAACCACAAAUGUUACAGUGAUAGAGGACCUGAGGAGCAUCCUGGAUAACAUCAGCUACCCCUUCCCCAUCGACAACAACAUACUGAUCUCUGAGGUCAACAUCACCACAGUUUGCUCUCCAUUCGGGGCUGGGUUUCAAUGCACAUGUGAGGAUCCGUAUCGCUGGCCAUGUGACAAGUGUCUUCUGCAUGGGUCAUGUGACAACAUCACUGAUGAGACGUGUGGAUGCAUCAAUGCCCUUCCUCCUGAUGAAGAAUACUGCCAGCUCUCCCAACAAAUCCCACUCAAUCGCACUUUUUGUCCUUUACCCCCCUCCCCUCCACCCUCCUCCAACCCCUCUCCUCCACCCUCCUCCACCCCCUCUCCUCCACACCAACAGGUAAGACUGAGAAACCUGAUCGAGGUGGUCAUGUUAAUGACCCUAGACCUGACCUUCACUCCGGAACUGAGUAAUCCAACGAGCAGCCAGUUCAUAGCCCUGAGAGGAAGAGUACAGCCAGUGCUGGAGGCAAACUAUCAAUCGCUCACAGGAUUCAGGUCGAUUAAUGUGCGAGGAUUCAGCGCGGGAAGUGUCGUCGUCGACUUCACUAUCAGGACGACCGAGGUGGUUGAUGGAGAGCUGACGGCCGCCAACCUCAACCUGACGCAGAGCUUUGAGCCCAUCGCCGCGGUGCUGGGCUUAACCACCGAACCCUUCAUCAGCCCUGACCCCAUCACCUUCCCCAGCCCGGUGUACACGGGCCAGGCCCGGACACUGACCUGUGGACCCCCGCCUCCCCAGGCGGGCAUCGGGGUCGUGACCAGCGUCUCCUGGACUCUGGGCACCAAUCCCGUCCAGAACCGAGAUCGCUUCCAGAUAACCAGUAGCGCCACAGGCUCCAGGCUGACCAUCAGCAACCUGGUCCCCUCGGACAGGGGUGCAUUCACCUGCACGCUGGUGAGCGGAGCUCUGAGGUUCAUCCAGCGUGGGCGCUUCACCACGACGACCCUCCUGGCAGCUCCCGUCCUCCUGGUCAACAGAGAGAGCAACGCCGUCUGUAGGGGCGGUGGCAAUACAGAUACGCCACGGAGAUGCUGUGUCCAGCCGCCCUACAGGGCCCAGUGGGUCGGUGUGACACCAGGAACAGUGCAGCAGAGCGUGGAGCAGGGAAACAACUGUGUGCAAUAUGACUACAGGUUCGACUGCACGAUCUCCACGCCGGUUACCACCAUAUGCCGCGUCAUAGGCAUCCCCGGCUUCCAGGCCAGCAGCCGGCUCAACAUCAUCACAGCAGCAGCAGUCAUCUGCAACGACAUGCUGUACGGUGUGGGCGGGGUGGGGGACGAGUCCCGUCCCGGGUGUGAUAUCGGUUUGGAGGGGGAGCGCCUCGCUGUGUGCCAGGCCAGCGGGGUGUGGCUGACCCAGACCAACACCUGCAUCCUCACCAGGAUCAACGAACUCCUGACCCAGUCCGAGAGUUUGAAUGAGAAUAGUGUUCCAACGUUCGUGGCAGAACUCAGCGGCGUGGUCAGCGACAAUCAAACCCAAAUAACGAAUUCCCCGGUCAGCAUUUCAGCCAUCGUUGACAUCCUGAUCAACGUGGGCAAUGGCAUCGUGAGCGGAAACGUGGGCAUCGUGGAGGAAACCAUGCAGAGCAUCCUGAACACGGUGGAUGUGAUCGUUGGCGACGUCACCGUCGAAUCGUGGGCUAAUCUGAACGCCAACCAAACCCUCAACACCAGCUCCUUGUUCCUGAGCUCCAUGGAGACCAUCACCCAGUUCCUGAGCGGGGACUUCUCCGUCACCACGCCCAGCAUCCUGCUGAACAGAACCCAGUUCAGCGACUCCUUCACGGCCGACAUCAACUCCAGCCUGGUCAUCAAUCUCCAGAACACCAACCUCACCGACACCUUCAUCACUACCAUCACCUUCUCCACCCUGAGCAACGUCCUGCCCCCCCGCACCAACGCCAGCUUCAACGCCAGCCAGGACGCCAACGCCACCGGGCCGGAGAUCCUGAUCAACGCGGCGGUGGUGCUGAUCCAGCUGAACGGGUCCAGGGCGCUGCGGCCCAACCUGACGCUGUCCUACCGCAAGCGGAACACCUCGCUCACCGAGGACCCGCAGUGCGUCUUCUGGAACUUCCAGCUGCUCGACUUUCAGGGCGGCUGGGACGACGAGGGAUGCACCUUCGUCUCGGACGUGGACGACGUGGUGGAAUGCAACUGCGACCACUUGACCUCCUUCUCCAUGCUCAUGUCCACGGGCCUCCCGCCAGGAGCCGCGGAGGCCCUGGACAUCAUCACCUACAUCGGCGUGGCCAUCUCCAUCGUGAGCCUGGUCAUCUGUCUGAUCAUCGAGGCGCUCACCUGGAAGGCCAUGACCGGGAACCUCACCUCCUACCUGCGCCACGUGUCGCUGGUCAACAUCGCCGUGUCCCUGCUCAUCGCCGACAUCUGGUUCAUCAUCGGCGCCGCCAUCACCUCGGAGACGGACCCGACGGAGAGGGUGCCCCUGGCGGCCUGCAGCGCGGCCACCUUCUUCAUCCACCUCUUCUACCUGGCGCUCUUCUUCUGGAUGCUGGUGUCGGCGCUGCUGCUCUUCUACCGGACGGUCAUGGUCUUCUCCCACAUGUCCAAGGCCACCAUGCUGGCCAUCGGCUUCUCGCUGGGCUACGGCGCGCCCCUGGUCAUCGCCGUGGUGACGGUGGCGGCCACGGCGCCACAGGUUCCCCAGGGGUACAUCCGGGACAACAACGGCUGCUGGCUGAGGUGGGAGGACACCUUCGCCCUGCUGGCCUUCAUCAUCCCUGCCGGGGUCAUCGUCUUCAUCAACUUUGUCAUCCUGAUCGUGGUGCUGACGAAGAUGCUGCGCCGCGGCGUUGAGAGCAGCCACUCCGAGGAGAAGAACACGCUGCUGGUCAUCUUAAGAAGCGUGGCCAUCUUGUUCCCCACCUUCGGGCUCACCUGGGCUCUCGGUGUUGGGGUGAUGGUGGCUCCGAGGAAUUUGGGGCUUCAUGUCACCUUUGCGCUAUUCAACUCCUUACAGGGGUUCUUCAUUCUUGUGUUCGGGACCCUCAUGGACCGAAAGGUCCGAGCUGUUCUGUCCAGAACCGUCCCAGCCCUCAACUCCUCCUCCAACCAGACCCGGACUACCAGUGGAGGAGGAUCGUCGACUGGCAGAUGGGCGCUCCUCAACAGGAUACGAGGACGACGCGAUGUGUACCACGUGACGAGCACGGGCAACAGCAGCUCCAACACCGCAUCGGAAUCCUACCUCAACAUUUGAUUUUGAACGUUUGUUAUUCAAUCUUAACGCUGUGACGUAACACAGAGCACUUUUCAUGUCUUGCAGGGAUUAUUAAAUAUGGGGAUUGUUGCUUUCACCGAGAUUCUGUUUUACUUUUAUUGGUUUUGUGUUUAUUUGAACUCUCAAUAAAAGUUGUACAUGUUAUGUUUUAAAAUGAACGGAUUAUAUAGUGCGUUUUGUCAUUGUCUUUUACAAUUUAAAUUAUUGAACAAAAUAUGUGACUUCAGUAAGUACGAAUUAGGAUGCAUAGCUGUAAUACAGAAUCAGAGACAGACAAAAGGUCAAUAUGUUUGUAAUACUAUGUGGCAGGGAGACACUAGCCUAUAUAAUGCUUCUUUGUACAACGUCAUUGGAAAUUUGGAAACUAAAUUCUAAAUAACUGGUUGCCUUGUAGGCAUACAUAAUCAUGCAUAUAUAUAGUCAUCCAGCUUCAACCCUGGCAUCCAAGAACGUUUCAGGAGAAGUGAAACACUACCUGAUAAUCAACUCAAUAUAUAAAAUAAACAACGAACCAUAGACUUUAGGCUACAUGGUUUCAACGUGAAAAUGCAUUUCUUUCUCUGACCUGAGCGGGACGCUGGUUGUACUCAUGUCAUUAAACCAUGUCAAUAAACACUUUAUCAACUACAGUGAA